AUGCCCCGCCCCAAUGCCCCGCCCCAAUGCCCCGCCCCUAUGCCGCCGCCGCCCCUUAUGCCCCGCCCCUAUGCCCCCGCCCUAUGCCCCGCCCAAUGCCCCGCCCCUAUACCUCGCCCAAUGCCCCCGCCCCCGCCCUGCCCCGCCCCCCCCAAUUGCCCCGCUCCAAUGCCCCGCCCCAAUGGCCCCGCCCAAUGCCCGCCCAAUACCCGCCCCAAUGCCCCAGGCCCCAAUGCCCCGCCCCCUCGGCCACCAAAAGAGGAUUCGCGGCCCGCCCCCUCGUCAUCCUCCCACGCGGGUUCAAACAUCCCCAAACGAGUUUCUCAAAGUCCGCCAGAUCUGCAAGGCGGCGCCGACGGUCGAGACGACGGCAGCAGGAGGAGCAAUCUGCGCACUGACGGGUUGGAGGAGACGCACGGGGAGACCGGGGAGCAAUCCAUCAAGGUGCAGGCUUUCCUGAACGAGCAACUGAACUUGGAGGACGUGCCCCUAGACCACGUCCAUCGCGUCGGACAGCCCCGUGACCGCCGCCUUCGGAUGAUCCUGGCGCGGUUCUCUCGUCCGGCGGACAGGGAUGCUGCGACGCGCAACGCCCGGAAGCUGCGGGGAUCUGUCUUCAUUUGCGAGGACCUGCGCCCGGAGUCCCAACGCCUGAAGAAAGAGAGGUACGACGACACAGGCCAAAUCCGAAGGAAAAAUUUUCCUAUUGUCCUCUCGAAACUUCCCAUCCGCGAUCGUCAGCCAAGCCAUGAAGAGCCUCCUCUCCGCCCUCUACUCCCUCCCCAACCCUCCCCCGCAGUCACUCGUGGCCCAACACCACCACCAGCCUACCAGGCUUCUACCAUCCCAGCGGCCACCAUCAGCGGUGCAUCCCGUCCUCCGCAGGCACGCCGCUGCAAGCCAACCCUGGACUACAAUCAACCACGACAAUGA